UCUGAUCUUCGUCUCCGCGGCUCCAUCUUCUUCUUCCUGGAAUUCUGAUUCUUGGUUUUGGUUCGAGGUUUUAUGGUUGUGCGAGAGUGGAGUUUGGGGGGUUGGUGACAGAAUGACGAUUGAGAACGGGGAGGAUUGCUGCGUGAAGGUGGCGGUUCACAUCCGGCCGCUCAUCGGCGAUGAGAGGAUUCAGGGAUGCAAGGAUUGCGUUACAGUCGUCUCCGGCCAGCCGCAGAUACAAAUUGGCACUCAUUCUUUUACUUUCGACCACGUCUACGGCAGCACUGGUUCUCCACCGGCAGCCAUGUUUGAAGAACUAGCUGCUCCGCUCGUCGACAGCUUAUUCCAAGGAUACAAUGGUACAGUCCUCGCUUAUGGUCAGACUGGUUCUGGGAAAACAUACACUAUGGGAACUGGAGGCAGAGAUGGAUCUCAAACUGGAAUAAUCCCACAAGUUAUGAAUGCAUUAUUCCACAAGAUUGAAAACCUCAAACAUCACACUGAAUUUCAGCUGCGAGUCUCGUUCAUUGAGGUUUUGAAGGAAGAAGUAAAGGAUCUAUUGGAUCCUGGAUUGGCAGGAAAAGUUGAGCCCGGCAAUAUGCAUGUUGCUAAGAUUGCUAUACCGGGGAAAACCCCGAUACAAAUCCGAGAGGGUUCGAAUGGAGUCAUCACUCUUGCAGGGUCUACUGAAGUUGAUGUUCGAACCAAAAAGGAAAUGAUUGCUUGUCUCGAGCAGGGUUCUUUUAAUCGUGCAACCGGAAGCACCAACAUGAAUAACCAAUCAAGUCGUUCCCACGCCAUCUUCACAAUCACAUUGGAGCAGAUGCAUAAACCAAAUCAAAUAUUCUCUGUCGAUGGCAUGCCUCUCGAGGAUAUAAAUGAGGAUUGUCUAUUUGCAAAACUCCAUCUUGUUGAUCUCGCCGGAUCAGAGCGGGCCAAGCGCACAGGUUCAGAUGGUCUACGAUUUAAGGAAGGUGUUCAUAUUAACAGAGGGCUACUAGCUUUAGGCAAUGUAAUAAGUGCUCUUGGUGAUGAGAAGAAGAGGAAAGAUGGUGCUCAUGUUCCUUACAGGGACAGCAAACUUACUAGGCUUUUGCAGGAUUCACUUGGUGGAAACAGCAGGACUGUUAUGAUAGCUUGCAUCAGUCCGGCAGACAUCAAUGUUGAGGAAACUCUUAACACACUUAAAUACGCUAACCGUGCUCGAAACAUUCAAAAUAAGCCCAUUGUUAAUAGGAAUUUGAUGUCGAAUGAGAUGCAGAGGAUGCAGCAACAGCUAGAGUACUUGCAAGCGGAACUACUAUGUGCUCGCGGCGGAGGGGUGUCGAAUGACGAAGUUCAGGCUCUCAAGGAGAGAAUUUCAUGGCUUGAAACAACCAAUGAAGAUCUUUGUCGGGAACUCGAUGAUUAUCGCAGCAGAUUCUCUCUACCAGAACAUUUUACUACUGAGAAUCAAAAAUAUAGAAGCAAUUUAGGCCAAAUGGAAGGGUUGAAGAGAAGCUUGAGCACAGAGUCUUUUGACUAUCAAAUGGCUGAAAGCCUCAGAGGUGAUAACUAUAAGGAGGUUGAUGAAGAGGCAGCCAAAGAAUGGGAGCAUACUAUGUUGCAGGAUACGAUGGGGAGGGAAUUGAAUGAGUUAAAUAAACGUCUUGAGCAGAAAGAGUUAAGGAAGGAAGGUAGGAGAAAUGAAUAUGAAAGACAUAAACUUCAAGCCUUGAAUCAGAGACAGAAAAUGGUUCUUCAGAGGAAGACAGAAGAGGCUGCCAUGGCCACCAAAAAGCUGAAAGAGUUGCUCGAAGCUCGCAAAGCUUCGGCAAAGGAUAAUUCCGUUAUGUCAAAUGGAAGUCCACCAGGAAGUCAGAUGAAUGAGAAGCCGUUUCAGCGGUGGCUCGAUCAUGAACUUGAGGUCAUGGUGAACGUGCAUGAGGUUCGCAUAGAAUAUGAGAAGCAAAGCCAAGUACGUGCCGCCCUUGCAGAAGAGAUUGCUAUGAUCAAACAAGAAGGAAAGAAUGGGCAGGCUCGAGUGUCCAAUAUGUCGCCAAACGCAAGAUUAACAAUGCUCACAUCGCUUGAGAACAUGGUGAGCAUGUCAUCAAAUGCUCUCGUAGCGAUGGCCUCUCAGCUUUCGGAGGCUGAGGAACGAGAGCGAGCAUUCACCAGCCGUGGUCGGUGGAAUCAAUUGCGAUCAAUGGGAGAUGCAAAGAAUUUGCUUCAAUACAUGUUUAAUGUUGCUGCCGAUGCAAGAUGUCAGUUAAGGGACAAGGAAAUAGAGAUGAAGGAGUUGAAGGAGCAACUGAAUGAGCUCGUUGGUAUUCUCCGACAGAGCGAAGCAAAGAGGAAGGAGCUCGAAAAACAGCAAACAUUGAAAGAACAGACCGUUUACAUGGAAAUGGCGAAUACGCCUCCGUCGAACACAAAUGGUUCAUUGAAACACUCGGCUGACGAAACCAACACGCCGGCUUCUCCAAUCGCCAUACCUGCACAAAAGCAGCUGAAAUACACACCAGGCAUCGCGAACGGGCGAGGAAGAGAAACCGCAACCUUUACCAACCAACCAUUAAAGCUGGUGCCUCUUGGUCAGGCAUCCAUAGGUAAGAAGAUGGCAGUAGGAAGCCAAGGAGGAAAGCUAUGGAGAUGGAAAAGGAGCCAUCACAGAUGGCUAAUACAGUUCAAAUGGAAGUGGCAGAAGCCAUGGAGGUUGUCUGAGUUGAUAAGGCUUAGCGACGAGACGAUCGUUAGAACGAAGCCCAGAAUCUUACCAGCUCGAGACACGAAUCUUCGACGCACGACCCUCAUAGAUGCCUAAACCUCCUAACUAUUUUUACAGGGUUUUUACAUAAGAUUUAUAAGAAAGGCUCUGACUGAAUCAAAGCUCUCAUGGCAUUGGUGGCAUCUUUUGUAAAUAUGAUGGUGGCGCCUUCCUUCAUAUUUCAGUUGGUGAAAAAUGAGAUUUUUUUUUUUUUUUGAUUUUUUUUUUUAGUUUUAUAGAUCUGUAUGGAAUUUGUAUUCCUUUGGUUGGUUUUGUUAUAUUGGUUUUAUGCACUGGAAGCAUAUUAUUGUAAAGUGAUUUUAAUGUCAGUGUUCCUCCUCUU